UGACGCAGGGGGGGUGGAGAUUCGUGCCUCCAGGCUGAGAUCCCGAAGUCCCAAACUAGCGAGUCACGCAGCUCUGUUCCGUCAGCCGUGUGACACCACGCUACCUUGUCCUCCCUGGUCUACGCCGGAAGUGUAGGAAGAAAGUGGGCAGAUUUGAAUCUACCUGUUUCCAAGCUGGUUGAUCAUCAUGAAAUUUAGACAAAAAACUAAAAAGUCAGGUAAAGGUUCCAAAGGCUGUAAGAAGCCUGCAAAGCAAAAUGGGAAGAAAACAACCUCCAGAGUGUCUUCCACUUCCCGUUUUGUUCACUGCAAUGAUCACGCCAGCCGAGAGGGGGCAUUAAAGAAGAAGAGGGUUGAGGAGAUGAGGGAGAAGCAGCAAGCUGCCCGGGAGCAAGAGAAACACAAGCACAGAACCAUUGAGAAUUACUGUCAGGAUGUCCUGAGACGUCAGGAGGAGUUUGAACGCAAGGAGGAAGUUUUGCAGGAAUUAAAUAGGUUUCCUCAGUUGGAUGAUGAGGCCUCAAGAAGGGCUUUUUACAGGGAGUUCCGCAAGGUGGUGGAAUACUCUGAUGUGAUUCUGGAAGUCCUGGAUGCCAGAGACCCAUUGGGCUGUCGCUGUUUCCAAAUGGAAGAGGCUGUUUUUCAGGCAGAAGGCAACAAGAAGCUGGUCCUUGUUUUGAACAAAAUUGGACUUCCCAAUGUUGGGAAGAGUAGCCUGAUCAAUAGCCUGAAGCGCAGCCGUGCAUGCAGUGUGGGAGCUGUUCCUGGGGUAACUAAAUUCAUGCAGGAGGUCUACCUGGAUAAGUUUAUCAGGCUGCUGGAUGCCCCAGGCAUUGUCCCAGGACCCAACUCAGAGGUGGGUGCCAUCCUGCGCAACUGCAUCGAUGUGCAGAAGCUGGCAGACCCUGUGACUCCAGUGGAGACUAUCUUGAAGCACUGCAGUCUGGAGGAACUUUCCAACUAUUAUGGUGUAUCUGGGUUCCAGACUACUGAGCACUUUCUCACUGCAGUGGCCCACCGCUUAGGAAGGAAGAAAAAGGGAGGCUUAUAUAGUCAAGAGCAGGCUGCCAAAGCUGUCCUGGGUGACUGGGUGAGUGGGAAGAUCAGCUUCUAUAUACUACCACCACCCACGCACACUCUGCCUACUCAUCUCAGUGCUGAGAUUGUUAAGGAGAUGACUGAGAUCUUUGACAUUGAGGAUAUUGAGCAGGCCAAUGAAGACACCAUGGAAUGCUUGGCCACAGGAGAAUCUGAUGAGCUUUUGGGUGACAUAGACCCACUUGAAAUGGAGAUCAAGAGGCUGCAUUCUCCAGUGAUGAAAAUACCAGAUGCCAUUGAAAAUAUAACUACCGUAUAUCAGAGUGGAGAUCUUGCUGGGUGUCAUGCCAAUCCAAACUAUUAUCAAGUGGGAUGGGCUAAACGCAAUGUCGACCACCACCACACCAAGAGCAAUAAUGUGGUAGAGGUCAGUUCAGUGGACCGUCGCCCAGUUCUGCAGAGAAUUAUAGAGACAGACCCCCUGUAACAGGGCCAGGUUCUGGCAUCUGCCCUGAAGAAUAAGAAGAUGCAGAAGCGUACAGACAAAAUUGCCAGCAAGCUUUCUGAUUCCAUGAUGUCUAUCCUGUACCUUUCUGGCAAUGGUGAUAACAGUGCUGGUGACUAAUCCAAUGAUCUCAUCCCCUUCCCCAAGCCGUGGUUCCUGUGGGAUGGAAGAAAAGAGUUUGGGUCUCUGAAGUACCUGUAUAAUAAAAGAACCUCUUGCAUACCAUGUGUCCUCUCCCUUCACUGUUUCCUCUAUUCUGUCCAAUUUAAAAAAAUCUGGAGCCACUAAGUCUAGUAACUUUUAUUUAAUCCCUACUGUGUUUUAUGAGAGACAUAAAAUACCAGUGGAGCCCAGGUGCUAAAUAGUUUUAUCUCUCACCCUCUGUUGUGUAUUGGGUUGACUUGAAGGCUGUAUUACAACAAACCCUCUUGGACAACUGAAUGUACAGCUAGAUAAUGGACUGCUGAUAGACCUGAUGGUUCCUGGGAAGAUAUUUUCUUUAUUACUGUGUAAGAGAUUUCAGCACCAAGGUGUUUCAGUAGUGGAUUCCUGGCCAUGCAUCGUUCAAGUCCAUAGGUCCUCACCUGGGUGGCAGAGGGAACAAUGAUGUGAUUUCUGUUUUGGGAAAGGUCUGGGGCUAGGAUACUGGGAAAA